GCAAAGUUCCCUCUGAGUUUCGGGUAAUAUUUAACAGGGAAGUUUUGGGAAAGCAUGAGGAAGGAGCAGCAUCGUUGACAUGUAUCCACGGGUUGUGACACCAGGCUGAGGUCCAUGCAGCAUUGAACAAUGGAUUGACUCGACAGACUGAUUAAACAUGGACUUAUUUUGUCUGUUGCUGCUCCUCCUCUCAUGCAGCAUUCAAGUUGGAGCUGCGAUGAAGCUGUCUCCUGAAGCGCUGACCGUCCUGCGGGGGGACGACGCGCGGUUCACCUGCACUCCCUCCAAGACCAAGUGGACCGUCAUGGUGUGGUUGCUGGACGGCACGGCGGUGCUCACCAUCUCCAAGGAGUUUGGCGUCCUGCCGUCCGUCCACCCUAACGUGACGGCAGAGAAAGGCAGCGUCUCAUCAGGAGACAGCUGGGUGUUUGUGCUGAAGACCACUGAGAGGCGCAACCAGGGACAACUGACCUGUGACCUCCAGGGCAGCGACAGAAGAACAGCCAGCCUGUUUGUACAAGAAAAGGGCAGCGUGAAAGUGAUCGGGGACUCUAGUCUAGUUUUCAAGGGUCAGUCAGUUCUGUUUGGAUGCCACGCUGCGGGAUGGUACCCUCUACCCACUCUGCAAUGGCAUGUGAAUAACAAAACAGUGAGUCAGGGUGAUUACAACAUCAGCAGUGAAGAGUCGGGGGAGAGCCUCUUCACUGUGAGCAGUAACCUCAGUGUUACAGCAGCAAAGAGCUCUUAUGUGGAUUGUCUGGCCUCCGUGUCUGCACUCCGGACACCGCUGAGGAGCAGCUUCCGCCUGACAGUGGUGGCAGAGGUGGUGCAGCUGGAGGACGGCUGCACGGUGCCUCUGGCAGCGAUGGCCUCCCUCUCUGCGAUUCUGCUGCUCCUCCUGCUCUGCAUCUGCACUGUCCUCUGCUACAGACACAGGAGACAAGCAAAGCAGAGCCCACAGGAGGCGGCAAUAAGGUUUGACCAAUCAGUGAGCGGGAGAAGCUUGGUUGCUGAGGCGACAAGGGGGAAGGUCAACCUGGGAUACUCGAGUGAGGGCCCCACAGACCCAGCUUACAGCGAGCUAAACCUGGAAACUCGUAGGCAGCAGCAGGACUUUGUCAGCUUUCUCAAGGUAAGAGAAGGUGGGAGGGCAGAGAGAGUGAGAAAGAAAUAAAAAGCCACAGAAAGACAUCCUAAAGGUC